UUUUUUUUUGUUUCCAAAUUUAAAAAAAAAAAAUCUCUCUUUUCUUCUCGUCCGUAUUGCAGUGAUACCUAACAACACAACACAAUAACGUUAUAAUUUCGGCGAACGAUUUAACGUAUAGGCGUGCAUGUGCGCGUAACACGGCACUAUAGUAAAACACCGUUCGCGAGCAUUAUCUAUUUCUCCCUCCUCGGCGUCGCGCGUGCCGCCGUCAGCCCUCGCGGCGUCCGCAUCCGACUCUGACGCCGCGCGUACAUUCGCGGACGCCGGUGCAGUUCGUUUACGCGCCCGCUAUGGUAGUUGUGUGUAUCGCAUAAAUUGCACGUGCGGAUUUCGAUCGUACGCCGCCGCGGUCGGUCGCCGAAGUCAAGAGACGGACGGUUAACUCACCGGCAACGGACGUAAAAUCGUUGCCGUUGUCAUUAUCGUCUUCGUUAUUAUUGUCGCCGUAUUAUAAUAAUAUUAUCGUACGAUAACGUGCGACGGACAUCGGUCGUCCUCGCAAUUGUCGUGGUCGCCGCUGCCACCACGACCGUAGCUGCCGUAGUCGUAUUCGCCAUCGUCGUCGUCGUCGUCUCCGUUACCGGAGCAAAGGAGCCGCAGCCGACAUCUCGUCCUACGAGUGCUCUAUACUCGCUUAGGUUCGUGUGAUGGGUGCGCCGGAAGACCGAGGCCGCCAUGUUUGUCAGACGGCGGACGUUGUGCACAGCACCACUCAGCACGGUGCGGUACGGCGCCUGGUGCGGUAUGCGACGUGUGUGGCUCGGCAAGCGCGGUCGGCGACCGGCAGCGGCUGUGGCUGCUGCGACAGCUGAGGUGGCGGCGGCGUCGUUGAUAAGGCGCCGGUGGCGGCCAGCACCAUGGUGGUGUCGUCCGCAGGAUGAAGAAGCAAAACGUCCGCACAUUAUCGUUGAUCGUUUGUACGUUCACCUAUCUGCUCAUCGGCGCCGCCGUGUUCGACGCCCUGGAGUCCGAGACGGAGAUACGCCGGAAACAAGCACUGGACUCCAUAGAAGGGAUAAUUCUCAAAAAGUACAACAUAUCCACAGACGACUAUCGGCUGAUCGAGACAAUUGUACUGAAGUCAGAACCGCACAAGGCCGGACAACAGUGGAAGUUUGCUGGAGCAUUUUACUUUGCUACUACGGUACUCACGACUAUUGGUUACGGGCACUCGACACCGAACACAAAAUCCGGCAAAUUGUUCACCAUGUUCUACGCAAUGGUGGGCAUACCGCUGGGCCUAGUCAUGUUCCAGAGUAUCGGCGAGCAGCUGAACAAAUUCUCGUCCGUGGUGAUCAGACAGGCGAAGCGGGCACUUGGUUGCAAACGUACGGAAGCCACGGAGAUCAAUCUCAUAUUCGUUGUGUCCUUUUUAUCGAGUUUGACGAUCGCGGGUGGUGCAACGGCGUUCUCCACGUACGAGGGUUGGACGUACUUUGACUCGGUCUACUAUUGCUUCGUCACACUCACCACAAUCGGAUUCGGCGACAUGGUGGCCUUACAGAAGAACAACACGUUGAACGACAAACUCGAGUACGUGGCGUUUACGUUGAUAUUCAUUCUGUUUGGUCUGGCAGUAGUGGCAGCGUCACUCGACCUAUUGGUGCUUAGAUUUGUCACUAUGAACACCGAAGAUGAGAGAAGAGAUGAGGCUGAGGCGUUACAAGCCGCCCAAGGAGCCGUCCGGCUGGAAGGAGACGUGAUCACCUCGCACGGGUCCGUGUCCAGCCUGCCGAUGGGCAGCGCGAUGGCGCUAGGCUUGUCCGGCCGGGGCAGAGGGUCGUCUUCGCCCGCCGACAACGCGUCCGUGUGCACGUGCACUUGCACGCGGUCAAGGAGCCGGAACGACGGAUACCGUACGGGCGAUUCGCCGCCGUACGCGUCGGGCUCCGUCUACGGCGGCGCCGUCGUGGCCGGGCGGGGCGUCGGCAGCGGCGGCGACCGGGACGACGGCGACGACGGGUGCAGCGGCGACAACGACGACGACGAAGACGACGACGGUUGCGAGCCGCAGGACAUACAGCUGGAUACGUUCUUCGACGGCCGUGCGGCGGCUUCGACGUCAGCCGAUCCGUACAGCUGCCGGCAGCGAGUCGUUCAGACGCAACAGCAGCAACAGCAACUUCAAAACGAACACAGGUCGUCCAUUUGACGCAUGUUCCCCGGCGGCGGAGGUAGUGGAGGCGGAAAUGGCGGCGGUGGCGGUGGCGGCGGUGGCGGCGGUAACCGCGACCGCGCCGGUUAUGCGUACACGCCGUUUGCAUAGCUGCUGUACGCCGGACGGCUGUUACCCGCGUGCCGACCGGCGAUACCGCGGUAACGGUAGCGUAUCCGUUCCCCGGUCUCGUCGGAAGACGUGACGUUCAACGCGAUAGAAAUGCGUCGUACAGUUACUAUUGUAGUGAAACUUCGUCGUGUCGGUUACUCGGAUAAGUUAGAUUGAGUGUAGAUGGCAGUUAUACGAACCGGUGUACCGGAUCGUACCGCGCGUCAGUGUUCUCUUACUGCUUGAGUGUCGUACAUGCGUACGAUUCCGGAUGAAAGAUGGCAGACAAUAAUGACCUGCGACAGCCACGUGAUCGAAAACCGAAAUCGAGAAACGGAUGAAUGACGUGAAAACCGUGAUCGAACGAUCGAAAACAAUCGUGGCAGGCUGCUCUGAUGUACUUAGCUGCAGCACAGGUGGAGAGGCCGUGUCUGCGUUACACCGUAAUUGUGUACAAUGAAAAUAAGUUAUAUUAGGAACAUUAAAAUAUUAUGACGAUAUUAUAUUAAACAUUUAAACCAAAUAUUAUUACUGAAAAAAAACGUAAUUAUGUACAUACAAUUGAUAGAAAACGCAACUCAAUUCCGUAUCGACAAUUUUGUUGUUGGU